AUGCAUUGUCCGAGGAAGGUCACUCCCGCUGUUCCGGCUCCUGCCGCAGCGACGGACUCACCGGCUGAUGCCGCGUCCGCAUCCAAACAGGAUGAGGAGUUCGGAGGAUUCGACUCCUCCGACGGUGAGGAGCCUUCGGGCACCGCACCGCCAUUGCCGGCAUAUCUGGAUGAUGAAGGCAAUGGCAAAAAGACUGCAAAGCCUUUGGCUCGCAGCAAGAACACGUCUGACAAAGUCAGCGUGAUGGAGAAAAACGUCAUUGACGUAGAGCCUCACUCUAAAGACAGUGACAGUCUCGACUCCGUUCCUCGGCAAGACCGUGUUGAACAAAAGGCCUUGAUGGUCGUCCUCCGUGACGUCAUCUGUGUUCCAUUGUCAGUUGCGGCUGCAAUGUUGAACAAUGGCAUUAAAUCAUCUGAUGAUUUCCGUCUUCUCACAAAGGAGGACAUCAAUGAUCUCUGCAUGCGGCUCAAAAUGGGCUAA